GCUGCCGGGUUGGAAUUCCGGAAAGUUUCUUCGGAGUAGGGUGUGGUGAUUGUUUUGGUAUUUUCCUUGAAAGUUUUUCCCUAUUUUCACCCUAUUUGCGAUGGAUUUUAUGAAAUUUGUCGCUUAUUGUGUCUUGUUUGCGGCCUUCUGCAGUAGCUGCUCCGCCCUGGAAUGCUACGUCUGUGCUAAUCAAUCCGCCAACACGGAGAAGUGCCUGAAGACCAUAAAGACCUGUGAACCUGGUGAGGAUGUCUGUCUCACGGAGAUCCGAUGGGGCAGCAUGCCUUAUUGGUCCCAGGGAGCCCUGAAGCAGUAUUACGUCUCCAAGAGAUGCUCCACCAAGGAGAUCUGCCAGAAGAUCCGCUCCCGCUACAUGCCCUACUGCACUCACAUUUGGUACGAGGAUUGGUCCUGCUCAGAGUGUUGCCAAGGAGACAGAUGCAACUAUUUUAUAAUUAGUGCAGCGAAUGAUCUUCGAGCUCCGCUGGCUGUCCUGAUCCUCGGAGCUGUUGUCCUGAUCAGGAGACUCACGUAGAAGCCAUAGAAAAUAAUCCAUCACAAUCUCAGAUAUUUUCCUUCCAAAUUAGGUGAUAAGCAUCUAGUAGUCCGUCCACGAUUUUUUAAAUUGUAUUUUAUAAAAUAAAAAAACACUCGAUUUCGAUUUAAA